GACACGCCGCUAGACCACUUGACUGCCACUCCUUCCCAUUACUAACUUUACAUCAUCCUUCCUCUCCACUGGCCGCCAUCAUUAGCCCUCCCAUCCCCUCAGAUCCCCUCCCACUCCUGUCUGGCACCCAAGGGCUACCCAUCUUCCCGUGGGAGGAGGUGGACUGCUCAGAAAAAACGCUGACUCAGUUGGACGAAUAAAAGUGAGAGUGGGAGUGAUCGGAGGGAAGCCACGGUGACUCGAAUAAAACGGCGGAGAAAAGGAAGCGUGGGAACAGGAAUAGUUCUUUUGUGCUAGAUAUUAAAAUAAAAAAUAUCCUUUAAUAGCUUCGCCAAACGAAGGAGGAAUCGAGAAAACAACGGAGAAAAUUUUGUGACCUGAACUGAACUCGGGAAAACCGCCUCGCUGACCUGACUUGCCAUACCGGUUCGCCCGCGUAUAGUCAGUCGAGCACCCUCGCAACAGGAAGUGGAGUCGAGAGGGAGGAACCCGAUCCACUGCGACGCGUUCGGGUGGAAGGAGAUUUGUGGAUAGUCCAUUUUCUCUCCCUCGGCGAACUCGCGUUUAAGCCAAGUGACUUGAAGAACCUCUUAAGAUUCAGUGUUUUUUAUUUUGAACAAGAACGACAAUCCGCCGGCAUCCGGUGCUGCGGUGAGUUCCUUUCGUGUAAAACCGUUGGAUGUUGUGUAAUCCGGUGGAGGAAAGUGACUAACCUUGACCAUCCGCACACGAGUUUCUAUUUUUUUGAUAAAUCUCUAAUCUACUAUAAUCAUGAGCGGGAAAAAUGCCAAAAUAAAUCUCCUGAGACUAUCCUAGUAUAAAAGCGAGAGACUGAAUCGAAGCAAAUAUAAGGCUCGAAGCACACCGACUCAUCUAGCAACUUUACGAAAACAGCUACCACGGCAGAAUCUCAGCUUGUAGGAGGCGGAGGGUCGCCGUCCCCGUUCAUCAACAGGACCUCUGUUAACGGCUCCUCCAAUCCCUUCUUCUCCAGGGCCUCUGUUCAUGCCAAUGACACAAUGAACACAUGGAGUGUGGUGCUCGGUGUGAGCUUCUGGGUGAUGGGUCUGAUGCCCUCGGAGGUCGGCCCGGCUUACCCCUCGACCAUCUUCACCCCCGCGAUGCCCGGCAAUACCCCGGACUGCGUGAAGGACCCCAGAGACACGUUCUGCAUAGCGCCCAAAAAGUACCCCAAAGAUCGCAUAAUUUACCUUCUGGAGAACAAAAUGUUUGACAUCGACUCCUUACUAACGGAUGAAUCCCGCGACUCCUACACGUUCGAAGCCAGAGAAGCUCCGACGCUGCCCUCGAUGUACGGCUACGACCGCCCCCGGACCAGCUACGGGCCCCCUCGCCCCCCGUCGUCCAGCUAUCUCCCCCCUCGUCAGAACUACAGCAGCGCCUCCAAGCCCGGCUACGCGCCUUCCAAGUACGGGCCGCCAACCAGCAACUACGACCACCCCCAGACGUCCUCGUACCUCUACGACCCGCCUAUGCCCACAUACGACCAGGAGGGGCCCUACCCACGCUACCCGAAGUCGCCUCCAGGGUCCUACCUCCCUCCCCGGAUCAUGCGGUCUUCCCUCCGCCGCCAGCGCCGCCAGGCCUCCUCCAUGGACCUCUGCCCCUACGAGUCCGAGUUCAUCAUGCCCAGGGUCGGUCUCAAUAACAAGGGCGACUGGAUGUUCCUCGUCAACCUCAACGAAGUCUCCAGCGAAUACACACAGUUGGUCGAGAGCAAGAAGUGCCUCACGAACACUUGCACCGGAGCCUGCAACGUCCCCGACGGCUUCACCUCCGUGUGCCAGCAGCAGUACGUGCAGAAGCGGCUGAUCGCCCUCGACGCCAGCGGGAUGGCGCUUUCCACGGACACCUUCUGGUUCCCCUCCUGCUGCGUGUGCAAGCUAAACCCGAUCGGUGGAUAGUGGAAGAAAGUAGUGUAGUGUAGCAAAGAGGAUGCAGAAAAAUUCCUUAGUUGGGCCUCCUUCUCCGGCCUGAAGGGCGAUUUCGAUACAGAAAUUUUCAGUCGUCAUCUCUCUUUUUAAAAUGGAAUGCUUUAUCCGAAACAGUUAGACAUUUGUGGAUUCACCCUCUGAUGUUUUGUAAGGAAAAGAGAAAGAUUCGGGUUGCAUAGCUCGAGAUACAUUGGAGUCAGGACCGCCGCAAGCUCUGAUUUAAAGAAAACGCAAAAAAGCCGACUUGAGCGUCGAGAGAAAACGCAGAAGCAAUUUAUGGGUAACCAUGAUAGUGACAUGUAUCGCACAAAGAGGCUCUGUGAACUGGGUAUUGUUGUUGCAGGUACAGUAGCUGUUAGAUUUAUGUAGCUUAUUGUGAAAAAACAACAUAUAUUUGUUCUCGUAUUGUGUGUUCCAGAAUAUGUAAUCAAGUUACAGAAUAUGGUGUAAGGAGAAGGCAAACUUUUGUAAGCCUAACUUCAAUAUUCUUUAAAUGAUUCUUCAGCUGGUUUGACAGGAUUCUUUUAAAGAUGGUUUAGUUCAAGAUCGUGUGUUUUUUUUUCUCUUUUAUUCUUGCGUCUGAAGUUGUGACUCUCCUUCUCCGAACGAUGGACUCUCCAAAGAAGAUUUUGUCCUGGAAUGGCCCAACCGUUACAUGCAAAACGAGGAUUUGUACAAUCAGUUUCUUAAGUUUUGAUUAUUUAUAUGUUGAAGAUAAUCCCUUAUUUAUAUUCUUGUCACACUUAUUUUUUUAGAACGAUUAUGUGAAUAUAUAUAUUUCACCUAGAAUGUGUUGUGCUGCAUAUUUUAGAUCAAAAUAUAGAUGUCCAGUCCUAGCAGUGUCCCCUAAGAGAAAAUAUACAACUAACAAAAUAAAAUUCACAAAAAGUAA